GUGACUGUGGCGGCGGUGGCGGCGGCGGCGCGGGGGAAUGGUCCCCGGCUCGGAGGGCCCGGCCCGCGCCGGGGGCCUAGUGGCCGACGUGGUGUUUGUGAUCGAGGGUACGGCCAACCUGGGGCCGUACUUCGAGGGGCUCCGCAAGCACUACCUGCUCCCGGCCAUCGAAUAUUUUAAUGGUGGUCCACCUGCCGAGACGGACUUCGGGGGAGACUAUGGGGGGACCCAGUACAGCCUGGUGGUGUUCAACACGGUGGACUGCGCUCCCGAGUCCUACGUACAGUGUCACGCUCCCACCAGCAGCGCCUAUGAGUUCGUCACCUGGCUCGAUGGCAUUAAGUUCAUGGGCGGGGGCGGCGAGAGCUGCAGCCUCAUCGCGGAAGGCCUCAGCACGGCCCUGCAGCUCUUCGAUGACUUCAAGAAGAUGCGUGAGCAGAUUGGCCAGACACACCGCGUCUGCCUCCUUAUCUGUAACUCGCCGCCGUACCUGCUGCCUGCAGUCGAGAGCACCACGUACUCUGGGUACACGACGGAGAGUCUUGUGCAGAAGAUUGGGGAGCAAGGGAUCCACUUCUCCAUCGUGUCUCCCCGGAAGCUGCCUGCCCUGCGGCUCUUGUUCGAAAAGGCGGCUCCCCCGGCCAUGCUGGAGCCUCUGCAGCCGCCGACGGACGUGAGCCAGGACCCGCGGCACAUGGUGCUCGUGCGGGGGCUCGUGCUGCCGGUUGGGGGUGGCUCGGCCCCAGGCUCCCUCCAGCCAAAGCAGCCCGUGCCCCUGCCUCCAGCUGCGUCCUCAGGCACCACACUGUCAGCAGCCCCACAGCAGCCUCUGCCCCCUGUCCCCCAGCAGUAUCAGGUCCCUGGGAACCUGAGCGCAGCUCAGGUGGCCGCUCAGAAUGCAGUGGAGGCUGCCAAGAACCAGAAGGCCGGGCUGGGCCCGCGCUUCUCGCCCAUCAACCCUCUCCAGCAAGCCACUCCAGGAGUGGGUCCGCCCUUCAGCCAGCCCCCAGCACCCCCACUGCCCCCAGGGCCCCCUGGCGCCCCCAAGCCGCCCCCUGCUUCUCAGCCCAGCCUGGUCUCCGCGGUGGCCCCUGGCCCGGGCCUGGCCCCCCCUGCGCAGCCCGGGGCACCGUCCAUGGCGGGCACAGUGGCCCCAGGUGGGGUGAGCGGCCCUUCCCCGGCGCAGCUUGGCACCCCAGCCCUCGGGGCGCAGCAGUCAGUCUCCAACAAACUCCUGGCCUGGAGCGGGGUCCUCGAGUGGCAGGAGAAGCCCAAACCCGCCUCUGUGGACGCCAACACCAAGCUGACGCGGUCCCUGCCCUGCCAGGUCUACGUGAAUCACGGCGAGAACCUGAAGACAGAGCAGUGGCCGCAGAAGCUGAUCAUGCAGCUCAUCCCCCAGCAGCUGCUGACCACCCUGGGCCCUUUGUUCCGGAACUCAAGGAUGGUCCAGUUCCAUUUCACCAACAAGGACCUGGAGUCCCUCAAAGGCCUCUAUCGCAUCAUGGGCAAUGGCUUCGCGGGCUGCGUGCACUUCCCUCACACGGCCCCCUGCGAGGUGCGCGUGCUCAUGCUCCUCUACUCGUCCAAGAAGAAGAUCUUCAUGGGCCUCAUCCCCUACGACCAGAGCGGCUUCGUCAGCGGCAUCCGGCAGGUCAUCACCACCCACAAGCAAGUCCAGCAGCAGAAGCUGGAGCAGCAGCGUGGGAUGGGGGCCCAGCAGGCACCCCCCAGCCUGGGCCCCAUUCUGGAGGACCAGGCGAGGCCCUCGCAGAAUCUGCUCCAGCUCCGCCCACCACAGCCCCAGCCUCAGGGCACCGUGGGGGCCUCUGCGGCCACCGGGCAGCCCCAGCCCCAAGGUGCUGCCCAGGCCCCGCCAGGUGCCCCCCAAGGCCCUCCUGGAGCGGCCCCUGGCCCGCCCCCUCCUGGACCCAUCCUUCGGCCCCAGAACCCUGGGGCCAACCCCCAACUGCGGAGCCUCCUCCUCAACCCACCACCGCCCCAAACCGGGGUGCCCCCACCCCAGGCCUCCCUCCACCACCUCCAACCACCAGGGGCCCCUGCACUGCUGCCCCCACCGCACCAGGGCCUGGGGCAGCCCCAGCUGGGGCCCCCACUCCUGCACCCACCGCCCGCCCAGUCCUGGCCUGCACAGCUUCCCCCACGGGCCCCACUGCCAGCGGCAAAACGCAAGAGAGAACGAGAGGGCCACGUGUUUCGAGAAAAAUGGGAACGAGACUAUUUCUUUGUGGAAGUGAAGAGCAUGCCAACGUGUUUAAUAUGCAAAAAAAUCGUGUCUGUGUUGAAAGAAUACAACCUAAGACGUCAUUAUGAAUCAAAGCACAGUAAGAGCUUCGACCAAUAUACAGAACAGACUCGAGAGGCGAUACUCAACGAACUGAAAAAGAGCCUCAAAUGUCAGUAGGGUUUUCUCUGGAAAGCAAGUAACAGAAAUGGCGCGGCCGCGACACACGGUUCCAGGAUAACGUGAAAAGAACUACCCGGGCAUGAAAUCCUACAGACGGUGAGUUUAGAAAGGAGCAGAGUGACGUGUCCACAGAAACACACGUCUGUUUAGACGAUUAUUUCAGUCUGACAGGCAUUCGCAUCGCACGGUGAGUUGAAGAUAAAUCCAGAAGAUUCACAAUUCCAGUUGCUUGAAAGAGUCAAAUCCAUUGUGGCCUUUUCUAUCGCUGCUCGUGAACUUUUACCACCCAGUUAGCUUUAUUUAUUUGUGGUGUUGAGAAUUUGGAUGUGACCGAAGAAGUCUGUGACACGGUGCCAAGGCAGGCCCAACACUGGGAAACGACUUAUCUUUUGUGUAUUAAGAGAAAUGAAAAGUUUCACGUAGACUGGUCGGAAUUCCUAAGCACAGCUACAGACGGUUGUGGUAAUCUAAUGAUCUGUCACACAGAAACUGAUCAGGACACUUCGAUCCAAGGUGGCAACAUUUGGCGAGGACGCAAAAGUCUGGUCAUUGCAUCAACCACCAAGAAUUGUGCUAAGAAAUUAAAUGGAACACACCAUGGACGUCCUCAACACUGUACUCGAACCACAGGCGAGUUGAUGUUGAAUUUGACCUGAUGUAAUUUACAGAAGUUCCGUGACCCGGUCGUCACACAAUGGUGUGAAAGAAAUCUGAACUGUUGAAAUCAAUCUAUUUGGUUCAUUUCAAACGAGGUAAAAGCCACAUCUUGGUUCCUCUGAGAAGGUCGGUCAGAGAGUUCUGGUCAAGGUUACAACCCUUCUAACCACGCUAUUUCUCCACAAGGACGUUCACAAAAAGCUACUUGAAUGUAUGAUCGUGUUUGCCUGGUCCUGGCAAAAAUGGGGAAGCCGUUGGCAAGAAAUAAUCUGACUCCCUCUGCUGCAUUGGUUUCCCGAAACGAAAGAGAUGGCCCGGACCGUAUUAACCCGGGUCGUGGAGUUGAAGACCAAAUGCCCCCAAAGGCUGUCUGCAUCCAGACUUCGUGAAAAGGAACCAACGCUGUCCAGUUCGCCUUUGUUGGUGAGUGUCGAUCGUGUGAGUGCAGACCACAAAGAGGAGUUACAGAACUGCAGUGCAAUAGGGUGCUGGUUCCUAAAUGUGAUUCUGUUGGAAGAUCCCAGCCCUACAACUCUCUUCCAGCGGUUGUUCCGAAUCUCCACAUCUGGAAGUACCCGUGCUGUGAACAGCUGUUUUCCGUUACAAAGUGAAUCAAAUUCCAUACCGCUCCCGGUUUAAGGAUCCCAAGUUGAAUUCUAAACUGCCCACACCACCACGACGUCCAGGGUCUGACGCCGACAGCUCGGGGCGGAAGGGAGGAUGUCAGCCUUCCAACUUCAAAGGAGCAAAAGAAUUAUGAAAGAGAAAAUUUUCAUAACGAAAUAUUUCUAUUUUUUCAAUUUGUAUUUUUUCAAUUUUGAAUUUGAAAUAUAAAGUCCAGUCUCAUACAUGUUUGUAUCCUGUUCCAUGCAUUCACCAUAGUUCAGUAAAGAUACAAUUUGAUUAUA